CUGCAUCUCCUUAGCCUUAUCAUCAAUACCCCGUGCAUUGCGAUAUAUUAUGCUGUAGUCCAGAGUACUUUGCACCAGACUUCUCUGCAUGCUUUGUCAUACAUUUUGAGUGUAGGGGGUCGAGCGUCUGGCGACGCGUAGUAGCUCGGACGCGCCAACAUUACCGCGCGACUUGCUGGCAACAAGGCCAGUGAUCCUUGACAAAGAAUUGACCAGACAUUGGAUGCGCUGGAACGCGACACAAACGGCUCUCCUCCGCGACUUGCCAUCUUCCACGAAAACCGGAAAAUGGCCCUUCAGACAAUUCGAAAGCUAAUGGCCAAGUCCGGCGCCGACUUUUGCAUGGAUGCACUGCCACCAGCGGAUUCCCUGACCUGGAUCGAACCUGCACUGGACGAGGAGGAGUUCCCAAGUCUGUUGAUCGGCAGCGUAGGCAAUCGCAACGUGCUUACUUAUCUGGUGCCAUCCAGCGGUGGAUGGGAGGUUCGCUACUGCCUCAGAUCCAUUGGCGAUGACCGCGCGACCUCGACGCUGCCACUAAUCACUGGAGAUGAGGCCAUUACGAAACCUCUCAUCGUUCCGUUUAAAUACUUCACAGAUGGAACGAAGACCAAGAAGCGGAUGCUUAGCAUGAUUAUACGUUACUACUUCCUUUUGCAAGGUCAUAUAAGCAAAAUCGAUGCGUGGAACGAUGACUUUAGUCGGCGGUUAGCGUCUGUGCUGAGGAAGGCCUACGAGAAGACCGAUGGGGGCCAUGAGAGCUAUAAGCGUCCCCGAGAAACAGGCGAGACUGUGGAGGAAAGCUCGGAGCCGGAAGAUAUGGACAGCCCGAAUGGCUUACUGCCUUCCAACCAAAAUGGCGUGGUAAACGCACCAGAGAGUAACGUCACGGAGGAUACCCCACGUGGUUUCAGCUGGGAGGGGAACUCAGACUUGCAACAACUAUGGGCGUACCUCGCUGAGCGCGACGCGUUGCGACUCUUGGAGAAUAUUCCCGAUGCUGAUGACAUGGAAUUCUUGGAUCAGACAUACAUCCUAGAGGCCCAACCGAAGAAACUAUUUGUCGGAAGCCAUGCAAGGUCAGGGGAUAGAAUUUAUGCCUACAUGGUACGAGUAACGCAGCGCGGUUUCCAUGAGAUCCGAUUUUACGUGGAAAGCGCUCGUGGUUCCAAGACGUUAAUGUCAGCCGAAGCUACAGGGAAGCAGCGCAUCUUGCAUCCUUUCAGCAAAGCCUACCCCAGAAGUACCGGUCCCAGCGAACAAGCUGAUAGAGCCAGAUUGACGCUCAUGAUCAAGUGGUAUUUCAUCGCAGCUGGAAUCGCAACGGACUGCGUCUUACACGAAACCAAGGCCUACCCCGAGCGUCUCCGCUGCGCACUAGAGUACAUAUCUGAUCAAAUGGGAGCUAACGCCGUCAAAUCAUUGGUGACCGUACCAAUGGAUGACAGUAUAGCAGGUGAGAGUAGCGAAAGCUCCUACACCCCAGAGGAGAAAGACAUCCAAACGACGCUAUCCAAUGAACCCACGCCUAAAGCGCCUCGCUUCCCUCAGAGCGCUGCACGUAAAUCAGCUCCUUCGAUAGUAGGUCGUACAAUUCCUCAUGAAACACCAACACAAAAGCCGCUGCCGAGGACCUCGUUCUCCAAGUCUGCCAGCCCCGAAGCAGCUCCAACACCCACGGCCCCGCUGCGCAACGCUAAGCGCUCAGCUGAAGACGAAGAGUUUGAAGCCCUCGCCAGGCUGAUCAUGCAACAAAAUGCACUCACUAAGAACCUCAACGACGUUGAUCAUGAGCUCGAAGUUAUGGAUGCGCGUUUCGAGGCUUUCCAGGAGAAAUGGAAACGAGAGCGCGCAGAGUUGGAGAAGAAAAGAGACGACAUCCAAGAACAGAGGGCUGCGAGCGCCUCAUCACAUUCUCAAAGUAGGACUGCUGCGCCCCAGCGGACCACGAGCCCUUCGGUACGUCAAGUAGCGUCGCAAGUCACCCAGAACUGCCGGUACCUCGACUCAGCGGCCAGGCCAGUGGCAUGGCCCACUGAAAACCGACAUGAAAUGACUGGAGAGUCUCAUGACCAACCUUCGCAGAAGCCGACAGCACAUUAUGGUUCUUGUAGGGUUUCUGCACUUGCAAAACUACCACAUACUCUGAACUUGUCAACGGCAGACGCACCUCGACUCGAGCAUAAACCCACAAGAGAUGUGAACACACUGUGUGUUGCCGGGUCUAUUGUUGCUUCCACUCCCGCCAUCAAGAAAACAAAGGAAGCGGUCAAGCAAGCGCCGAGACGUUGCAAGAAAGAUGAAAACCCCGCUCCUGUCACCGCAAGACCAUCGCACGAAUUGACAACUCUUCGCACAUCUAAACCUCAAUCGCCACCCAAAGAUGCAAACGCGCCGGGACCGAUCUAGCUGCGCCUCUGAAGCGGGUUAGUCAUUCUGUAGCUCUGGAUCUCGGCCUAGGCGCUCGACCACGUAAAAUCACUCGAGACAUACUGCGACAUCCACUGAAACUUCUUGUUCUGGACGCAAACGAAGCGAAAAGCAAGAAGCGCAAACGGGCAGCGCCCGAACGGGAC